CUACACUCACGGCUCACCCUCCAUAUAUGAUAUAUAUAACACAUACAUGCGCGGCAAUCUUUUUAGGAACGGAGGAGUAAUAAGUUAAGAAUCAAUCAAUCUUCAUUUCUUGUUUUUUAUAUACAUAUACAUACACAUACACAUACACAUACACAUACACAUACGAACAAUAAUCUUUGAAUUCAUUUUGCUGGUUUGAAAAUGAAAAUGUUGUUGAUAAUUUUGAGUCUUUUUUACAUGGUUUCAUGUAUCAAUAGUAUUAGUUUAUGGCCACCAUCUCCUGGCUACUAUCCUAGCAAGAAGUUUAGGUCUGUGAGUUUCUGGAGAGGUUAUAGAAAUUUAUGGGGUCCCCAACAUCAAAAGCUUUAUCAAAAUGCUUUGACUAUUUGGCUUGAUCGAACUUCAGGAAGCGGGUUUAAGUCGACUCGCCCGUUUAGAUCGGGUUAUUUUGGUACAUCAAUCAAGCUUCAACAAGGGUACACUGCAGGAGUAAUAACAACAUUCUAUCUUUCGAACAACGAAGCUCACCCGGGGCACCAUGAUGAAGUAGACAUGGAAUUUCUAGGGACAACAUUUGGAAAACCAUAUGUAUUACAAACAAAUGUUUACAUAAGGGGAAGUGGAGAUGGCAAUAUUAUUGGAAGGGAGAUGAAAUUUCAUCUUUGGUUCGAUCCAACUAAAGGAUUUCAUCAUUAUGCUAUUUUCUGGAGUCCUAAAGAGAUCGUAUUUUUGGUAGAUGAUAUUCCUAUAAGAAGAUACCAAAGAAAAAGUGAUGCUACAUUUCCACUAAGGCCAAUGUGGGCGUAUGGAUCAAUAUGGGACGCCUCAUCGUGGGCAACUGAAGAUGGUAAAUACAAAGCAGAUUAUAGGUACCAACCAUUUGUGGGUCAAUUUACGAACUUCAAAGCCGGCGGUUGUUCUGCCUACUCUUCCCUCUCGUGUCGUCCAGUUUCCGUUUCUCCUUAUCGAUCCGGCGGCCUUACUCGAAAGCAAUAUUCCGUCAUGAGAUGGGUUCAAAGACAUUACAUGUUUUAUGACUAUUGCAAGGACCAUAAAACAAACCCUUCACUUACUCCCGAAUGUUGGUUACGGGGUCGUCGUUGAUCCAUUUUCGGAACUUAAUUUCUUGUCAUUUUUGUUUUCAAUUAAUGUGUAUUACCCAUAAUUAUGUUUCAUCAUACGUAUUUUAUUUCCGAAUUAAUCAUCAUCAAUUCAUGUACCAAGUUAACAUUGUAAUUUGUACACCCACUAUAUACAAGUUCAUGAGAGAAUUAACGGUUCUGCCCA